CUCACUCUCCUGCUUCUCUCUCUUUCUCUGUUUCUUAAAUUUUAUUUUUCACCGCUGUUUCCAAACUCAGCUUUUAUUUUUAUUUAAAUUUAAAUUUCGUUUAUCAGAAACAGUUACGGCGGUUACGAUGGUUAGAGACGAUUUAUACAUAACGGUUCCAAGUUUCUUCCGGUGCCCUAUUUCUCUUGACGUGAUGAAGUCUCCGGUGAGUCUCUGCACCGGAGUUACCUACGACCGUUCAAGUAUUCAACGCUGGCUCGAUAACGGCAACAACACUUGUCCCGCCACUAUGCAAGUUCUUCAAAGCAAGGAUUUCGUUCCCAACCGUAACUUACAGAGACUCAUCCAGAUCUGGUCCGAUUCGGUUCGUGACCGAGUCGACUCGCUUGAGUCGUCCGAUUCGAGAGUUUCUACCGAUUCAGUUGAUUCAAGGGAUCAACUACUCGUUGCCAUCACUGACCUGGAGUCGGGUAGCGAGAACCGGUUCGAAUCGCUCGCGAAAAUCGUGCGUUUCGGUCAAGAUUCCGAAGAGAACUGUGAUUUUCUCGCAAGAACGGAAGGUUUCGUGUCUGUGUUGGUUGGUUUUCUUGACAAUGUUGAUGAAGGACUGGAACGGAGUGUGGAAUUGCUUGAACAGAUUGUUAUGGCGUUGAAUUUGGUUUUGAAUAAAAUCGAGAAUCGCGAGGGGUUGAAAAACUCGAUUCUGAAGAGCCUGAAAGAGAGGGAGGUACAGUGUUUAGAUUCUUUGCUUCUUGUUCUGCAACAAGGAAGCGUUGAAUCGAAGAUUGCUUCGGCUAGGGUUUUGAAAUCCAUAGCUGUGGAUACAGAAUCGAAGCUUCUAAUAGCCGAAAAAGAAGGUCUAGUAACCGAAUUGCUCAAAUUAAUCACGCCGGAAAAAGAUCUGAACCUAAUCGAGAACGCACUCUCGUGUCUGGUGGUAAUCUCAACGCCGAAAAGGAACAAAUUGAAGCUGGUUCAUCUCGAAGCGGUGAAGGUUUUCUCGAACCUUCUAACGUCGAAUUUGAAUUUUAGCGUUUCGGUGACGGAGAAGGUGUUGAAACUGGUGGAAACGGUGUCGUCAACGAAGGAAGGGAGGUCGGAGAUUUGUGAAGAAGCAUCGUGCGUGGCAGCGAUAGUGAAUAAAGUUCUGAAAGUAUCCAACGUGGCAACGGAGCACGCUGUUACGAUACUUUGGAGUGUGUGUUACUUGUUUCGGGAUCAGAAGGCACAAGAAGCCGUUACGAAAGCCAACGGCUUAACGAAGAUUUUACUUCUGAUGCAAAGCAAUUGCACGCCACAAGUGCGUCAAAUGUGUGUAGAUUUGCUUAAGAUUUUUAGGGUUAAUUCUAAGUCGUGUCUUUCUUCUUAUGAUACAAAAACCACUCAUAUUAUGCCCUUUUGAUCCAUAUUGUAAAUUCAAAGAAAAUUUUGUUAGCGAGUAGAGGAAAUUGAUAUAAUUCAUUUUGAGAUUGUCUUUUUUGUUUCUUGAAGGUAUGAUAAAUAAAUAAAUAAAUUAGAGAAUGUUAAGUGUCCAAAUGAUAAAUGGACUGUUGUUUGUUUUUGUAAAA